AUGUGUCCCGAGGUCGAUCAAGGCCAUGGCAACGACCGGGCAGAUGUCAAUUUCCACGAGAACGAUAUUCCUUUCGAGCAGUCCGUACAUCUGCACGACGGUACCUAUACCAUCCUCAACGUUGUUGGUGUCCAAGGUUGGCGGGACAAGGAGUGGGAGUUCUACCAAGGUCUGGUGGUACAGAAGCCAUACCCAACUCAAGCCGCCAAAACCGCGUUUAUGCAGAGGGUCUUUAUGGAGGCGGCACGUGCUUGUGGCACGGGCUACAGAGCGUGUUGCAAAGAGAUGCCUGCAGACGGACUUACCAAGCCCCUGGUACAGGAUUUACAUGUUAAAUUCGUCAAAAUUCUGGGACUGGAGUCCAGGAAGGUCCCUUAG